CGGAACGCGGCGCCCGGGCACCGGACAGCUGCUGCGUAUCCGGCUGGCGCUUGCUCCCCGCCUCCCCCCAAACUUUCCUUCUCGUCCCACCCCUGGCCAGUUGGGGGCAGGGGGCCGCGGGUGGGCAGGACCCUGCUUCGGGCCGGUUGACGCAUCCCCGAGGGGCCCGGCGGAGUGCGUGCGCCCGGGGGUCCAUGCGCUGAGAGGGGCGCACGGCAUGGCGGAAAACCGAGAGCCCCGCGGGACGCCGGUGGAGGCCGAACUGGACCCGGUGGAGUACACGCUUAGGAAGCGGCUCCCCCACCGCCUGCCCCGGAGGCCCAAUGACAUUUACGUCAACAUGAAGACCGACUUCAAGGCGCAAUUGGCCCGCUGCCAGAAGCUGCUGGAUGGGGGCGCGCGGAAUCAGAACGGGUGCAGUGAGAUCUACAUUCAUGGUCUGGGGCUGGCCAUCAACCGUGCCAUCAACAUCGCCCUGCAGCUGCAGGCCGGCAGCUUCGGGUCCUUGCAGGUGGCGGCCAACACCUCCACUGUGGAGCUGGUGGACGAGCUGGAGCCCGAGACUGACGCGCGGGAGCCCAUGACACGGAUCCGCAACAACUCGGCCAUCCACAUUCGUGUCUUCAGGGUCACCCCCAAGUAACGGACAGGAGGCUGCCCGGCUGGGCCCUUGUACCCCGUCCUUCCCCUCCCACGUCCACCUGCCUGUCAGGCGCCUUGUGGAAAAAGGCUGUUGGUUUACAGCCUGGAGGACUGGACCCCAACAGCUUCCUGACUCUGUGGUUCCCGGUUGCUGCUGUUCCCGCCACGCCAGCUGCUCUGCCUCUUUCUCGCCCUGGGUGUGUUCUGAGGGGGUUUGUAUAAGGAAAGCAGGCAAAGCUGCAAGCGGGGGAGGAUGCAAAUGAUUCCACAAUGUGUGCAGUGGCCAAGGGUAGGCUGACCAGACCACACCCGGAUCUGUUGGGAUGGUUCUUGGACUCUCGGGACAGGAGGAGCGGAGGCACUGAGGCAGUCCAGUCCGGCACGCUCGCCUGACGGGGCACAGCGUGCCACUUGUUCAGUUGACAGGUGUGCACCAGGCUGCUGCUCUGUCAGGCUUAGCGAGGCUGAGGGCUGAAGGAGCGAAGGAAGCAGACAGGCCGGGGUGGAGGGGUUGGGGAGGGGAAGGAGGCCCUCCUGGGUAGCAGAGACGCCAGCAGCUUUGGCACUGCAACCAAUGGCUUUCCGCCUGGUGCCCUGCAGGCCCUCUGGCUGGGCUGCCCCACUGAGGCAGUGAGCCCUCCAUCCCCAAGUCAUCACUCACAGACAAUAAAGGUGUGUUUGGCUCUCUGUGAGAUGGCUCGGUGUUUCAUGCUUGCCAGAUGUGAGGCUGCUAAAGCAGUGUUAUUGGAGUGGGGAGGCGGGGCACCAUCUUGUGUUAAAAAAAUAAAAACAGGGC